UCUUCUUCAAGAAACAACAUGGUAUUACUAUUACCAACUUUCUAAAUCACGAUGGACUGGUUCCCGGGUUUGGUCACUGGAUAUUCUCUUCUUCUUGUAUACCGAUCGGGCGGUAGUGCACGCACUGGGCUGGUCCCAGGUGGCAUAUCAACGUUUCGGCAAAACGAAAACUGGGGGAGGCGGAUGCGGGAGAGAGAAGAAGAAAACAGGAGGAUGCAGAGUUGGAAAGAUGAAGAACGAGUCGAGUUGAUGGGAUGUAUAGCAUAUAGUGGAAAACAUCGAAAUACGAUAAUGUCUGGUGUUUAAAUUGACCAUUUCUACUUACCAA